UUCUUGUGCUGACACACCACGAUGGUGCUGCCUACAAACUGGUGUGUUAUUUCACCAGCUCGGCACACAGUCGGCCAGGCCCCGCCUCCAUCUUGCCCCAUGACCUGGACCCCUUUCUCUGCACCCACCUGAUAUUUGCCUUUGCCUCAGUGGACAACAAUCAGAUUGUUGCUAAGGAUCUCCAGGAUGAGAACAUUCUCUAUCCAGAGUUCAACAAACUAAAGGAGAGGAACAGAGAGCUGAAAACACUGCUAUCCAUCGGCGGGUGGGACUUUGCCAACUUAAGGUUCACCUCUAUGUUGUCCACAUUUGCCACCCGUGGAAAGUUUAUUGCUUCAGUUAUAUCCCUUCUGAGGACAUAUGACUUUGAUGGUCUUGACCUUUUCUUCUUAUAUCCUGGGCUGAGAGGCAGUCCCAGGCAUGACCGGUGGACUUUUCUCUUCUUAAUUAAAGAGCUCCUGUUUGCCUUCCAGGAGGAGGCACUGCUCACCAUGCGCCCUAGGCUGCUGCUGUCUGCUGCUGUUUCUGGGGUCCCACACAUCGUCAAAACAUCCUAUAAAGUGCGCUUUCUAGGAAGACUCCUGGAUUUCAUCAAUGUCUUGUCUUAUGACUUACAUGGAAGUUGGGAAGGGUUCACAGGACAUAACAGCCCCCUGUUCUCUCUGCCUGACGAUCCCAAAUCUUCGGCGUAUGCUAUGAAUUAUUGGAGAAAGCUUGGGGCACCUUCAGAGAAACUCAUCAUGGGGAUCCCCACCUAUGGACGUACCUUUCACCUCCUCGAAGCCUCUAACAGUGGGUUGCAGGCCAGAGCUAUGGGACCAGCAUCUCCAGGGAAGUACACCAAGCAAGCAGGCUUAUUGGCUUACUAUGAGAUUUGCUCCUUUGUCUGGGGAGCGAAAAAGCACUGGAUUGAUUAUCAGUAUGUCCCAUAUGCCAACAAAGGGGACGAGUGGGUUGGCUAUGAUGAUGCCAUCAGCUUCACUUACAAGGCAUGGUUUAUAAAGCGAGAGCAUUUUGGGGGGGCCAUGGUGUGGACAUUGGACAUGGAUGACGUCAGGGGCACUUUCUGUGGCACUGGUCCUUUCCCCCUUGUCUACGUAUUGAAUGACAUCCUGGUGAGGGCUGUGUUCAAUUCAACUUCUUCACCACAAUUUUGGCUGUCAUCCUCCGUGAAUUCUUUAAGCACUGACCCUUCAAGCACUUCGAUGCUGGCUGUGACCAAGGCAUCGACCACUGAUACUAAGAUUUUGCCCCCAGGAGGAGAGACUGAUGUCACUGAGAUCCAUGGAAAGUAUGAAAAUAUGACUAUAACCCCUAGAGGCACAACUGUGACCCUUACAAAGGAAACUGUAUCCCUUGGAAAGCACAUUGUAGCUCGAGGAGAGAAGACUGAGAUCCCUGGGGCAAAGACCAUGAGUUCUGUGGGUCAUCACUUCAUGACCCCUGGAGAGAAGGCCCUGACCCCUGUGGGUCAUCACUAUGAGCCCUCUGGGAACAAGACCCUGACCUCUGUGGGUCAUCAGUCCUUGACUCCUGGGGAGAAGACCCUGACCCCUGUGGGUCAUCAGUCCGUGACCCCUGGGGAGAAGACCCUGACCCCUGUGGGUCAUCAGUCUGUGACCCCUGGGGAGAAGACCCUGACCCCUGUGGGUCAUCAGUUCGUGACCCUUGGGAACAAGACCCUGACCCCUGUGGGUCAUCAGUCUGUGACCCCUGGGGAGAAGACCCUGACCCCUGUGGGUCAUCAGUCUGUGACCCCUGGGGAGAAGACCCUGACCCCUGUGGGUCAUCAGUCCAUGACCCCUGGGGAGAAGACCCUGACCCCUGUGAGUCAUCAGUCCAUGACCCCUGGGGAGAAGACCCUGACCCCUGUGGGUCAUCAGUCCGCGACCCCUGGGCAGAAGACCCUGACCCCUGUGGGUCAUCAGUCUGUGACCCCUGGGGAGAAGACCCUGACCCCUGUGGGUCAUCAGUCUGUGACCCCUGGGGAGAAGACCCUGACCCCUGUGGGUCAUCAGUCUGUGACCCCUGGGGAGAAGACCCUGACCCCUGUAGUUCAUCAAUCUGUGACCCUGGUGAGUCAUCAGUCCGUGAACCCUGGAGAAAUGACUAUGACCCCUGUUCAUUUUCAGACUGAGACCCUUAGAGAGAAUGCAAUGGCCCCUAGAAGGCAGGCUGUGGCCCUUGAAAAGGUGACUGUCCCCUCCAGAAAGGUAUCAGUCAGCCCUGAAGGGCAGAGUAUGCCUCUAAGAGGGGAGAAUUUGACUUCUGAGGUGGGCAUUGACCCCACGAUGGGUAACUUGGGUCUUGAGAUGGAAGCUGAAAAGAGGAUGAUGCUGCCCUCCAGCCCUAUCAUCCAGUUCCCGGAAGGCACUCCUCCAGCUUUUGACAAUCGCUUUGUUCCUGUCUAUGUAAACCAUUCCUCUGUCAACUCAACGACCCCUCAAACAAGUCCUCUUUCUCUAAAAAAAGAAAAUCCAGAAAACUCUGCUGUGGAUCAAGGAGCCUAAGCCCUGGUGGUGUCAGAAACCAGGGAAAACGCUUGUCUUUUCUUCUAAGUAACAUGAUGGAUGCCUCCUCAUCCUGGGGCAAGGCAGGCAUCAAAACCACAAUUGGCCAAUCUCUUUUCUAUUAAAUAAACUGGAAACACAAGAACCCA